UGCAGAAGCAAAGAUAAUAUCCUCAUUUGGAGAAUCAUCAAUGGCUACCUUCAACAAUUUUGUGUUACAACUUCUGCUAACAAUCACUCUUAUAUUAGUCGUUGAGGCAGCUCGAGAUCAACGAGCAAUACCAUCAGAAGAAAAGAAGAAAGAAUUUGAGAGGCAACUCAAAGCUAUCAACAAACCUGCAAUCAAGAGUUUCAAGGUUAUCAACAAACAUUUCGAGCAGACUGAAAAGGGUGAAAUAUAUGAUUGUAUCGACAUUCACAAGCAACUAGCCUUUGAUCAUCAUCUGCUCAAAAACCACACUGUUCAGAUGAAGCCCACAAGUGUACCUAAAUGGAUCACAAGCAAAAAAAAUUCACAGAAAGUUGAUCCCCUGCAGCUUCUGCCAAGGGGCAUAAGUUGUCCAGAUGGAACAGUAAUUGUUAAAAGGACUACAACGCAAGAUCUGUUAAACGCGCAGAAUUUGAAAUCAAUUGGAUUCAAUAGCCAUAUACACAGUCUUACAGAGGGAAAUAACAUUGAUUUAACUGGACAUCAUUUUGCAACAGUUGAUUAUAAAUAUAGCACUGUUUCUGGAGUAAAAGGAAACAUCAACCUAUGGGAUCUACAAGUGUCACAAGAUCAAGUUAGUCUUGCAACCAUGGCUAUUGCUGGAGGUUCUAUAGAAAACCUGGCCAGCAUUUCAGUUGGAUGGAUGGUCAAUCCAUUGCUCUACCAAGAUCACAUUCACUUGUAUACCUACUGGACUGCAGAUGGAUAUCAAAAGACCGGCUGCUACGACAUAAUAUGUCCAGGAUUUGUGCAAGUCAGUAGGAGGAUACCACUUGGUGUCCUUCUUAAACCAGUUUCAAUUUAUAAUGGUACACAGUACCAGAUGGAAUUAAGCUUGCAUCAGGAUCGUGCCACGGGAGAUUGGUGGUUUAUAUUUGGUGGUGUGAACGUUGGAUAUUGGCCAAAGUCUUUAUUCAUAGCUUCAGGCUUAGCCAAAGGAACAGAUAAGGCAUCGUGGGGAGGUCAGGUGUACAGUCCACUGACAAAGAAGAGUCCAUUUAUGGGCAGUGGGCAUUUCCCAACUGAAGGUUUUGGAAAAGCAGCGUUUAUAAACGGUAUUGAAAUCAUUGAUGGAAAGGGAGAAGCUUUGAUUCCACAGAUCUAUACUAUAAAGAGACAUGAGAGCAGUCCAAAUUGUUAUAAGGCCAAGUUUAUUCAUGACGAUGAUGAUCCUUGGAUAAGAGCUGUUUUCUAUGGAGGUCCUGGAGGCUGCACAGGUCAAUUAGGAUCUGAAGAGUCACAAGGUGUUAAGAAUUUAGAGAAGCUAUAACAGGACUCUAGAUAUUUGAAGUGCAUUCAUGCACUACAUAUGGUUUUAUGAAUAAUCAAGCUAGCAUUGGAAUCCAAGCAUUACAUUUUGUUUUAUGAAUAAUCACUAGCAUUGGAAUAUAUGAUCUUCAAACAACUUCCAGCAACA